AUGAUUAACGAGAUUGAGCGCGAAGCUCAAUCUGGUGCCGGCACCAGUGCCGGCACCAGUGCGGGCGCCGGCGUAAACGCCGGUGCUGGAGAGUCAGGAAGCCAUCAUUAUUCGAACACUGCAACGCAUCAGCCUCAGCAGCAGCUACCCGCGAACUAUAUGGCGAGUCAGAACGCAAGUCAAAGUCAAAAAUGGCAGUAUCCCUCAUAUUAUCCCCAGCAGCAGCAACCUUUUGCGGACUCGAAUCCUAGUCUUCGAGAAUCGUCCCAGGCGAUGAAUUAUUACUACCCCCAACAUCAGGUCCAGUUCCCCGGCAGUGGAUACCAAACAAUCCCUUCAGCGGUGACAGCAGUACCCUCGGGCACGCCAAACGCGACAUCCCCAUAUUAUUAUUAUAACACUGGCGUUGUUCCGCAGCCGUCAAAUUCUUCGACGCCAUCGCAGCAGCCGAUCGUCGUUUCUAACAAUACUUCGCCACCUCCCGUACAUGUGUCUUCUUCUUCAUCUGCUGCUAACUUGGGAUAUCCCAAGCCCAAAAUUUACCAAUACCCUGGAUUUCAGCAGCAGCAACAACAACAGCAACAACAACAACAACAACAACAACAGCAGCAACAGCAACAGCAACAGCAGCAACAGCAACAGCAAUCGCAGAGUCAGUCACCAAACCAAACACAACAAUCUCAGACAUCACCCCUGUUGCAACCGAAACCCCAAGGGCAAACAUCCGGUCAAGUAAAUCAGCCACAACCCAUACAAAGUCCAAAUUUAAGUUCGACUCAGUAUCCUCUUCGACAGUUUAGCCAAACUCCGGUUGGUUAUCAGACGACUUCAAGAAAUGCCACACCCAUUAGUUACAUGAUGCCAUCGCAACCUACUUUAUCUACGUAUGAUACAGUUGCAUCAAAUCAGUCUGAAAUUUCACCCUCAAAUACUGCCAAUACAAUCUCGAUAACGCAAAGAUCUAAUAAUUUUGGUGAAAAGACUAAAAAAUCAACUAAAAAGGCCGCAGCUGAUCAGCUCACAAAUGAUCCACAAGUUCAUUCAUACGAUGUUAAAUCAUCGAGUGGUAACUCAAUGAUAUCCUUUGAUCUGAAUGGUCAAAUGACAAGACCAAGAGUUACCACAACUAUGUGGGAAGAUGAAAAUACCCUGUGUUAUCAAGUUGAAGCUAACGGAGUUUCUGUUGUACGGAGAGCCGAUAAUGAUAUGAUCAACGGCACUAAGUUGUUGAACGUUGCAAAAAUUACUAGAGGGCGAAGGGAUGGUAUCUUAAAAGCAGAAAGAACUAGGCAUGUGGUUAAGAUCGGUUCAAUGCAUCUAAAAGGUGUUUGGAUACCAUUCGAACGAGCCCAUGCUAUGGCUCAAAGAGAAAAAAUUGUUGACUUCUUAUAUCCGCUGUUUGUAAAAAAUAUUCAAAAUGUAGUGAGGCAAACAACGUCUUUACCAUCCAAUGACGUUGAGAAUCAGCAAACUGGUGCAACAUAUCUCGAUGGUGAUAUAUCUUCACGCAGCGAGGAACAACUACAACAAGCAAGGCAAAUGCAACAGUUGCAACAGUUGCAACAGCCACAACCUGCACUUCAACCACAACCGCAAUUAAAAUUACAAAUGCAACAGCAACAGCAACAGCAACAGCAACAACAGCAACAACAACAACAACAGCAACAACAGCAGCAACAACAGCAACAACAGCAGCAACAGCAACAACAACCUUUAUCUUAUGAUCAAAUAUCUCCCUGGUACGGCGCUAUGUCUGCCAGACAAAUUCCAUCAACUGCCUUACCCCAAUCUUAUGGGACUUCGUUGUCAUAUGGUCAAUAUCAAAAUAUACCGAAUCGUAACCAACCAAAUAUAGUCACUUCAAGUGUUUCUCCAUCUCAAACAUCACCAAUUCCUGUCCAAUUUGCGCCAACAUAUCGUCAGCACCCUGCUCCGUCUGUUAGCUAUCAGCCAGAUCAAACUCUAACAUCACCUGCAUUGAAUGAGAAAGAUUCUAAUCCAGCAUUAAAUAUUGGAACCAUAUCGUCCGAUUCAAUAGGUGUAAUGAACCCCGUGCUGCACAAUUAUUCUUCAGGGAACAGAUCGGAUAACGGCAUACGCCCUAUUGAAGAAGCGAAUGCCAAGAACAACACACCAGGAAAACUUCUCACUGGUAUUGCUCCUCCUCAACCUAUUGGUUCUCAAUCUCAAAGUGAUGGUAAAUAUCAAUCCGCCACAGAUAAUAACAGUCCCAAUAGCAAUGAAAUGAAACAACCGUCAAAUCCCGCUUCAAACGAAACGUCAGGUGAAGCAAGCACCUUCACUUCUAUAGGAAGUCCAUCUUGUGAUACUCAAUCCCAUGACACUAUUCUAAAGAAUGCUACACAAUGA